UUAAUAUGACAAAAUAUACAGUAAUGCCCGUUUUUGUUUGUUAUUUCAUUCUUGUUGCAUUAACAGCAGUGCUAACCUAUUAAGUCAAUGGAUGGAGCAUUAAAAACUCUGGCUGAACAGAAUUAGAAAGUAGUUAAUGUCAGAAUCUACAGAACUGGGGAUUUCCAAAUGUGCUUACUGCUUGCAGAAUCAACUGCGAAGCCAUAAGACUUGAUCCUAUAAGUUUUAGAGAAAUGUAAAAGGAAACUGCAAUAAAGGAAGUACAAAUGUAAUGACAGAGAGGUGUGCGCUGACCUCUCACAUGACCAAAUAUUAAAUUCUGUCUCAGCCGCAAUAUACAGUUCAGUCCUCUGAAUUCAUCUAUUCCUUGCUGGUAAUGUAACCAUAUUUAUCACUUUUCGAAACAUUAACAAUGCAUCUCUUAAAAUCUUUCAGCACAUUUGGUAAAUAAGAAAUGCAUUAUGCCCUAAAAGUGAACUGUAGCAAUAAAGAAACUUUUGUUUGCUGGCCAAAACCAGAAAUUGUUUCGCUGUCACCUGAAACCCCAAAGCUUCCUACAACGCAUGUCAUUUGAAUCUAGCUCCCACCCAAAAGGUAACAAACACACAUCAGCAAGAAUUUGCAUCGCCCUGACAGAGAGGCUGACAAACACUUGUGAUUUAUCUUUUAAGGUUUUCAUCUGACAGGGUGCACAGCGUGGCACUGAGGGAAUCACUAUUCUCACCGAGCCUGAAAAUGUCCAACAACGCAUCAUCCCUCUCCACUGAAUGUGCAGCUCCCAGCCUUGUGACCAUAAAUGAGGUUGUUUCGUCCCUCUUCUUCCUCUUAUUCCCCCCUGCGCUUCUGCUCAAUGGGGUGGCAGUGUGGGUGUCUUUUCAUCUGCGCUCCACCUCCACCUUCAUAGUGUAUCUCAAAAACCUGGUGGCUGCUGACCUUCUCAUGACACUGGCACUCCCUCCAUUAGCAGCUAGCAUGCUCCCCAGAGCAACGGUUGAAUUAAGGGCUCUGGCCUGCCGGUACAUCGAAGUCAUUUUCUACUGCUGUAUGUACACAAGCAUUUUAUUAAUGAGUCUCAUCAGCCUGGAUCGCUUCUUCAAAAUCGUGAGACCGUGUGGAAAAGCGUUGGGGCAAAAUGUCAUGUUCAGCAUAGUCAUGUCCAGCUUGGUUUGGGUUGCGAUAUUUGGAAGUACGGCAAUCCCAACUAUGAUUCUAACUGAUCAGGAACCUCAUCCUGAUAAUCUAACUGCAGAUUUCUGUAUGUCCAUGAAAAGCCCGGCUGGUGUCAGUCUUCACAAUUAUGUGGUUAUAUUUAUGGAGACUCUUUUCUGGCUUGCCAGCAUACUAAUUGUGUUUUGCUACAUCUGCAUCACCGCCAAAGUCCUGAAGUCGUUCAGAAACUCUGGGAGCAACAACACUAAAGGAAAGAAGAAAACCAAACUGCGAGUCUUCCUGAUUCUUCUUGUCUUUUGUGUAUGUUUCGUGCCUCUGCAUUUGGUACGUAUUUCUGUCUCACAUAUGGAAACCGUUGACACUGAUGGCUGCAGGGAAAUGUGGGUAGUGAUUGUGCAUGAAGUUGCCCGUUGGGUGGCUGCGACUAACACCUGCCUCGACCCUCUGCUCUACAUCUACCUGUGCAGGGAGUACAGAGACAAACUGGUUGACAUGAUGAAAGAUAAGGGUAUCUGUGUUCAGUUCUAUUCUGAUGAAAGGGAGUAGAUUUCACAGUGGAAAACAGUAAAUUUAGAGUUUCCAAAAUAGAAACCUUAGCAAAGUAUGUGACAGAUAAGAUGCCCUUGAGGUGUUUGUGCUUCAUUUUAAGGAAAUGCAGAAAUAAUCUUAGGAAGCAGGAACACCUCAGCAGAUGGACAGUUGCUAUUUAAACUUAGUGUUGUACCGCCCUCUAGUGACCAAAAUAGGAUUAGCAUCUAUUCCGCUUCAAGGUCCAUAAAAUAUGAAAAAUGAGCAACUUUAUACAUGUUAUUUUCCUUGUGAAAAUACAACAUGCAAACUCAUUUUUCUGUCCUAAAUAGAGUAGGUUCAACUAUUUGAAUACACAAAUUCAUGUCAGUUCAUGUGGUUAUGCUUGAAAACACUGUCUCUCUUAGCAUUAACACUGUGUACUGUAUGCUUCUAUACUGUAUAUAUGUAAAACCUCCUUACAUAAGUCAACACUAUGUUAUAAUGCCACAUGUGGGUGUUACUUUGCAACCUAUGUUAAUAAAUUUAAUUUGAAGCCA